AUGGUGGCGGUGGCGUCCCGUGUCUACGACACUUUGGGCGUCUCGACAUUCCUACCCCGCUCACUGGUAGGCUCGCUCGCCGGCGGCCUUGACCCGCCCCAAGCUUCUACAACAAGUACCCGUUCCUACAAAUCAGCAUGCCGAUGUUUGUUCAUCAAUAGGCCUUCCUGUCAGCGUCAUCUCGAGGGCCCUUUGAGCGGUGACGACGCCGCCGUGGAAAGAUGCGGCUGCGGAGCUCGUAGGGGGAAAGAUUGA